AUGACUCUGAGCAAUCCUCCCUCCUCUGCCUUUACCGGCGUCAUCAUCGGACUGGUUUCCUCCUUCGGGUCUAUAAUUCUUAUCGCGCUCGUCGUCUUCAUCUUUUGGGCGUCUGGCUGUGCGGGCUCUGGGCGCAUCAUCCUCGAUCGGCUAGGCAGACCAGGUGAAUAUGAUGACGAGCAGGCGUUUUUGAGGGAAGAGGCAGAGGCCCUGGAGACAAUGGAUGACAUGGCACGGACAGAGUAUCUCCGAGCAAAGGCUUUUGUCACUGCAAAUCCCCCCGAGUCGCUUCCCACGGACAUUUCGCUCUCGCAAUAUCUGGCUAUUCAGGAGAAGGGCGUUUCGGCUUGGGAGUUUGAGCCCGAGCUGGAAGUGGCCAACUGUUUCGUCGAGGCGCGUACUGAGAUCGAGUUCUUUGACUCGGAGUGUACCGUCAUGUGCAACUUGCCUGUUCCCAAGCAAAAUGACGUCUAUUACUGGGAAGCCAAGAUAUACGAGAAGCCUGAAAAUACCCUGUUGAGCAUCGGGAUGGCUACGAAGCCUUACCCGCUGUUCCGAUUGCCUGGUUAUCACAAGUAUUCGGUUGCCUAUCACUCGGACGGCUCUAGACACUACAAUCAACCAUUUAGCUCUACGGCGUAUGCCCCGAAGCUGGUCCAGGGCGAUGUUGUUGGCGUUGGAUACAGACCUAGGACUGGGGCCGUCUUCUUCACUCGAAACGGCAAACGAUAUGAAGAGGUGGUUCAUGGGUUAAAAUCGCAGAAUUUUUUUCCGGCAAUUGGUGCAAAUGGCCCUGCCAUCGUGCACGUCAACCUGGGACAGUCUGGCUUUGUGUUUAUCGAGGCCAACGUUAAGAAAUGGGGUCUGGCUCCUGUUACUGGUAGUUUGGCACCACCACCGCCGUACGGCUCAGAGCAGGGAAGCAUUCUGUUGGAGACGGGUACCAAGGAUGGCGCAACGUCAGGCCAAACGCAUCCCCAUCGUCAAUCCGUCAGCGGUUCGCCCUACAGGGUCACUGGCGGCAGCAGCAACUUGAAUCCUAGCCAUGGUCGUACACGAAGCGGAAACUUUCGGGUCCUUCCACCAACAAGCCCUGGCCCUGUUCGAAGCCCAACGGACAUCUCCCUUGCGCAGCUUGUUCCAAACGACGAAGGCGGCGAAGCUAGCAACAGCACCGAACAUCAAGAGGAAUAUCACGAUGAGAAUCCUCUGCAUUUACACCUUGAAGAUGCCACCAACCCGCCUCCAGACUAUGCGAGCCCAACACACUCUGACUCCGAAGAUGGUCGACGAUACAGCACCGAUAGCGAGGAGAAUACACCCUUGAUACGAGUAAUGAACCGGAACCGUGGUGAUUCGUCUGCUACAGUAACACCACGGACACAAAACGCCGGGCAACAGCAACCACAUCACGGACCAGUUCCAAGCUACAGUGACGCAGUUCGAGAUGGCGCCGGAUUACAGCGACGGGAUAGCCCCGAAUCAGAAUCGUCAAACAGGUCAUGA